GAACCAAAAAGAGCUGAAGAACCACUGUGAGCGCCCACCAAGUGUUCGACGAAAUGCCACAGUGAACUCACCGCUGCAAUUUCCAUCUCAGCCGCGCAGAGAUGAAGUACGUCAGGCCGUGGAACCUGUUCCUCGAUUUGCAGAAGGCCAAAGCUGCCGGAGGCGGCGGCCGCCUGCUCGGCUUGGACGUCGGCGACAAGUACGUCGGCCUCGCCGUCUCCGACUGCCAUAACAAAAUCGCAUUGCCUCUAAGUGUUCUGCUUCGGAAGAAAUCAACCCUGGGAUUAAUGGCCGAAGAUUUCCAGAACCUGGCGUUGGAGUUUUCACUGGUGGGAUUUAUUGUUGGCUGCCCUCUCGACACGCUGAGAAAGAAUCCUGGGGUUUUCCAAGUAAAACGUCUGAUUGAUGAUCUCUGCAAGACGGAAAAACUUGAAGGCAUGAAGUAUACGUAUUGGGAUGAGUGCUAUACUUCACAGAAUAUUGAAUUACUGCUGAAGCCUUUGAAUAUCCAUCCGGGUCAUGCGAAGACAAUUGCUGACAAGUUUUCUGCUGUCGGUAUACUCCAGGGGUACUUGGAUUAUGUGAACAGGAAGCUGACAUCGGAUCAAAAGCCAUUACCUUUGCUGAAAUCCUCAUCGACGAAAUAGACGGCUAAGACUGUUCAAUAGUAUUAGCAGAUGA